AUGUACAAAAAUAGAACAACAAACAUACCUGAGUUUAUCCUGCAAGGAUUUACAGGAAUUCCUGCUGAAUAUUAUGGAUUGUUGGGAACAUUUUUCCUCUUCAUUUAUCUGAUGCUGGUAUCUGGAAACAUUUUCAUCCUUGUAUUUGUGACAUGUGAAAAAAGUCUCCAGAAGCCAACAUACAUCAUUUUCUGUAAUCUUGCAAUAUCAGAUCUUGGAUUUGGAACCACAACUCUGCCCAGAAUCAUUGCUAAGUACUGGAUGUCUGAUAUCAUGUCAUUUAAUAGCUGUACCGCACAAAUGUAUCUUGUUCAUUAUUUUGGGACUUGCACCUCAUUUCUUAUGGCAUUAAUGGCUCUUGAUCGAUUUGUUGCCAUAUGUAACCCACUAAGAUAUCCAGUUCUCAUUAAGAACUCCAGUAUUGCAAUUCUUUGUUCAGUGUUUUGGAUUGUACCCUUCUUCAUUCUUGCUGGAACUGUUUCAUUUGCCCUUAGUGUGCCUUACUGUGGCCCAAAUAUUAUACGCCACUGCUACUGUGACUACAUUUCGGUAAUAAGCCUAGCAUGUGCAGACAUAACAGCCUUGAGAGUCACUACUACUUCCGUAGCUAUGGCAGUACUGUGGGGUCCUUUAUUUUAUAUCAUAUUUUCUUAUGUGGCCAUCAUUAUUUCAGUCAUGAAGAUCGCAAAUAAAGAGGGACGAUAUAAAACGUUUUUAACAUGUACUCCACAGCUGUUAAUCAUCUGUCUGUACUAUCUCCCCAGAAGUUUUGUGUAUUUGGCAUUUGCUAUUGGAUUUCGUUUUGAAUCAAAUCUUAAUAUUGCAUUGAUAAUGAUGUACAGUCUUUUCCCUGCCAUCAUCAAUCCACUCAUAUACUGCUUUAGGACCAAAGAAAUUAAAGACACAUUAAUGAGGAAAUUUAAGAUCUCACUGAGCAGCGCCUUCAUCCCAACGCGCCUCAAGACAACGACCAUCAACCCACUGCAAAACACCUGGCAGAUGCUUUGA